AUGCUGCUCAGGCCCCGGCGGCCUCCAUCGCUUGCACCCCCAGCGAUGCCCUCCCGGACAGAUUUCGACGUAGAGAUGCGACCGGACGAAGAAGACGCCCCGAGGACCCACUCCGAGGUCCCCACCACGCCGGGCGCGCUGACUGAGCCGGGGUCACCCAAGUCUCCCGUGUCCCCGGGCUCCGCACAGCGCACGCCCUGGAGUGCCCGGGAGACGGAGCUCCUGCUGGAUACGCUGCUGCAGCCGACUGUGUGGCGCUCGCUCCUGCUGGACCGGCGGCAGGCAUUGCCCACCUACCGCCGCGUGUCGGCCGCGCUGGCCCGCCAGCAGGUGUUGCGCACGCCGGCCCAGUGCCGCCGCCGCUACAAGUUCCUGAAGGACAAGCUCCGCGAUUCCCAGGGUCAGCCGUCCGGGCCCUACGACGCCCAGAUUCGCGAGCUCAUGGGGCUGCUGGGCGACAAAGGGCACAGGCGGGUGCGCCGCCGCCCCUCCGGGCCUGGGCGCCCCCAGCGCGGCCGCCGCUCGACCAUCACGGCCGUAGUGCCUGCUGCCGACGAGUCCGGACGCGCGCCGCGCCAGGACGCCGGAGACCCCGACCCGGCCAGCGCGCUAAGAUACAGUGCGUCCACUCUGAAGUCGGUAGACGACUCCCGUUGCGCUUCGCGCUCCCCGCCUGCCCCGACGGCCCUCUUCGCCUUGGCCCCAGAGCCCCGCCAUGUCCCUGCAUCCCCGCGGCCACCCACCCCGGACCCCGCCCCUGAGGAUCCUGAUGUGCCACCGCGCCUUCCGGAAGACCGCGCGUCCCCGCCAGCCGCGGUGCCGUCGCUGAACGCCGCCUUGCUGCAGACCCUGACGCACUUGGGUGACAUCGUGACCGUCCUGGGCCCGCUGAGCGACCAGCUGUCGACCCUGAACCAACACGUGGACCACCUGCGCGGCUCUUUCGACCAGACCGUAUCCCUGGCUGUGGGCUUCAUUCUGGGUAGUGCGGCCGCCGAGCGUGGCGUCCUGGGGGACCCUCCCCAGUGA